CACGCGUCUCGUAACGUGGCGUUUGUGAAAUUUUAUAAUUUUUUAUCGGUUAAAUAUCAGUUUUAUACUCUGUAGAUCAUUUUAAAACCGCCCUAAAAAUGUUUGAGGCACGUUUACUACAAGGUGCAUUAUUGAAGAAGGUUUUGGAUGCAGUAAAAGAACUUUUAACCGAAGCUACUUUUGAAUGUUCCGAUGCCGGAAUUCAGUUACAGGCUAUGGACAAUGCCCACGUUUCUUUAGUUUCUUUGAGCUUGAGAAGUGAUGGCUUCGAUAAAUACAGAUGCGAUAGAAAUCUAACUAUGGGUAUAAAUCUCCCCAAUAUGGCGAAGAUCUUGAGAUGCGCUGCAACAGAAGAUAUAGUCACACUGAAAGCUCAAGAUAAUGCGGAUAUUAUCUCAUUUGUGUUUGAAUCAAAGAAUCAAGAAAAAGUUGCAGAGUAUGAAAUGAAGCUCAUAAAUAUAGAUCAAGAACAUCUGGGUAUUCCUGAAACGGAUUAUUCUUGCAUCGUCAAAUUACCAUCUCUCGAAUUCUUUCGGAUAUGCAAAGAUCUGAGUCAAUUUGGUGAAUCUAUGACUAUUUCAUGUACCAAGGAAGGUGUGAAAUUCAGUUCAAGCGGUGAUAUUGGAUCAGCCAACAUCAAGCUAGCUCAAACUUCGAAUAUGGAGGGAGAAGAGGAAGCUGUGGUCAUUGAGAUGCAGGAGCCAGUAUCAUUGACUUUUGCAUGUCGAUAUUUGAACAGUUUCACAAAAGCAACGCCUCUUACAUCCCAAGUUCAGCUCUCAAUGUCAGGUGAUGUCCCUUUGGUAGUGGAAUACAGUAUUGGUGUGAUUGGAUAUAUUCGAUACUACUUAGCUCCUAAGAUUGAAGAUGAGGACAACUAAGCAUAAGGUUUGACAUCAUAUUAUUUUGAUUUUACUCACUUUGUUAAUAUCAGUUAUCUAAGCCGAGCUGCAACUAUUAGAGAUUAAGAUGGAUAAGCCUCGUAACUGAAAAAUGCAUCAAGCAAAUCAACCUCAGAGUAAGAGUGAUAUUUGUUGUCAGGAUAUUUCAGAUUACACAUAGCUUCUUCAUUGUUUUGACAAGUUGUUUGUUUGUUGGAAAGUCACUAUAUUAGCUAGUAUGACUAGUUUGAACACAUACUUUUCUACAAUGAAUACCAUUUCAAGUCAGUGAAUUAUAAGAGUACCAAAAAAGAUCUUGAAGCAGAAGAAUGCAAUAUUUUUUAUACUGAUUAAAAACUGCAUCACAGCAAAGAGAAAAAUGUUGUGAACAAGAAAUAAAAUUAUGCUUUAAUAUAAGGACUGUCUUUCGGUAAUUCCAGAUGAAUAUGGAUAGUGAAAUGAAUAGAUUUUGGAGACAAUAUUUUUUCACAUUGAUCUGUUGGAAUCUGGGUGUAAAUAUUUAUUUGACAUUUUUUGAACGAGUUGAAUAAAGUUCUUCGUUUAACUUUUAGACUACCUCACAAUAUUAUGCAUGGUGAUUAGUCGAAGCAACAGCAUACUCAUAUUUUGAAUGUAGUUUAUUAGCAAAAUGUACAGUUAAAUUUCUUUGGCUUGCCACAGGUUAGUGUGAUGAAGAGUCGUCUCUAGAAUCUGUAAUAGGGUAAUGUGAUUGCGUCGAUUGAGUUAAUCUUACGUCAUAAUAUAAGAUGGAGAUCUUCCUUAUAAGCCAUGAUUGUAUUUUGAAAGUAUUGCAUUUGUAGCAUACGAAGAAAACCAAAUACAUUUCCAAAAUUUUUGAUA